UUAAAAACAAUUUUUAUUUUUCCAAAACGCCAUAAACGUCAAAAAUUGAUUGUUAAUGUCAUUUGUCAACUAAGUUGUCAUCAAUGGCCUGGCUCGUACUCUGUUUUUCGCCGAUGUGAAGUGGUUUUUAGGUCAAUAAAAAAAUGUUUUCAUAAUAUAAGCUCUAUUUAUACAUCUGCAUAUACUAGGACAAACUAUGUAUUCAGGAAGCGAUUCUAAUGAGUCCCAAAAAUACGCCAACUGGGCUCUAAACCCAGCAUCUUUUCAAAGCGUACCUGGAGAACAAGUCGACUGGGCAGCUUUAGCUCAGCAAUGGAUAAUUAUGAAAGAAGCUGGACCUCCUCCUAUACCAGGAGACCAACCUAUUAUAGUCAGCAAAAAGAAGCACCCGAAAGAAGGAGGUGAGGCCGAAAUGGACGUUGAAAAUGAUAAAGAAGCACCGCCUCCGCCGGUGUGGGGUACCAAUGAGCCUCCUCCACCUCCUGGGUCUGAAGCUUGGAAUUGGAAUACACAACAAAAUCCAAAUUGGAAUAGUUGGAAUAACAGUUGGGCACCUCCUAGCGUUGUGCCUCCUCCCGCACCAAAUAUUAGUGGAACAAAGACUCCUUUAUUACCUACCCCUUCUAAUAACUCUUAUACUGAGCCCCCUGAAAGUGGCAGUGAUAAUGCUACACCAUUUGGAAGUACAAACAGUGAGUAUCAUUCUACAAAUCCACCAUAUUGGAAUAACUCUGGGGUUUCUUCCAAACAUAUUAAACCCCACAAUAAGAGGUACAGUAAAGUGAAUGUACCCAUAAGGACAUCUGCUCCACUUCCUCCCAUGGUUCUACCCCUUGAACCAAUUCAUCAGCCCACUGCACCACCAGCUUUGGAUACAGCCAAAAGAAAGCAGUUGCCAGCUUGGAUUAGAGAAGGUUUAGAAAAAAUGGAAAAAGAAAAACUAAAACAAAUGGAAAAACAGAAAGAAAAAGAGGAAAAAGAUACACUGGUAGAUCCACACAAGCCAUCAAGCCAAGAUACCAUGGAAAUUUUAAAAUCAACUAUGAAAGAGCGACAAAGAAGUAGAUUUGAAAGUGAUGAAGAAAACUCUAAUGAAGAUAAAAAACCAAAAAAGCCAAAAAUCGAAGAAGCCACCCCUUUAACACAUGAGGAACUGAUGUUGAAAGUUCGCAGGACUAUGACGGAAAUACUCUUGAACGUAACUAACCGUCACAUCGAAUCUGUUUGUAGGGAGGAAUUACUACGUUACACAAAAAAUCGCAAAGCUUCAGAAGCAGCUUCAGCACCCAGCGGUGCCAACAUAAGAGGCAGACUUGGGCUGGGUAUCUACGGUGGUGACGACUCCGGGAGCAGUUCUGAUGAAGAAAGAGACGACGAUUAUCAUCGAGAUACUAGAGAUUCUGAUGAUGAACUAAAGGACACCAUUAAGAGAAAGAUGGCCGACUUCCAAAAAACGGAACGAGAGAUAGAAGACAAACUGGAAGAAGCGGAACGUCAAAAAGCGGGAAGCGUUAGUAGAUCUUCCAGUCCGGAAUCCAACGAUAACGAUUCACAGGUAGACGUGCGUACUCAAGGCCGAAAAUACUUCCAACACGACACCAGGCAACCGUCCCCCCAAAAAAUCAUCCACGAAUCGAAAUCAAAACAACGCUCGCCAUCUUCGUCAUCGCAAGAAAGUGACUAUUCAAACAACAGAUCGAAAACCAGCCGCAGGUCCUCCUCGUCGGACUCGAAAGACUCUUACAAAAUAUCCUCGAAAAAGCGGUCGAUCACCCCAGAAAAAAGACACCGCAACACUUCGUCUAGGUGGUCCAAAUCUCCUUCUAGACGCUCCGAUUCUCGAAAGGACUCUAACGGUUCCAAACGAGACUCCGGUAGCAGUAGGAAGAAGAGUUCCUCGACGAGAAGAUCGAGGUCUAGCUCGUAUUCUAGAUCACACAGGUCGAGGUCGUCUUCUUAUAGGAAAUCGAGUAGGAGAUCUAGAUCUCGAGAGCGAUCGAGAAGGUCGAGGAGUUCGUCUAGGAGUAGGUAUUCAUCGAGGAGGUCGCCGAGUAGCUCGAGGUCGGAUAGGAGGAGAAGGAAGAGGUCGAGAUCUGACAGUAGCGGCAGGGGUAAGAGGUCACACAGACAUUGAACUACUGUUGGAUACUAAAAGGUGUGGUAUAAACACCUUGGAAGUGGUUCCUCGAGGUAUUGACCUUAGUGAUGAUGAAAAUAAAAAUUUGUAUAUUUAUAUUGUAAAUUAUUUCAAAAUGCACAUAUUAUUAAUUUUAGUUUUAGGGCUUCCUAAAGACCGUGUACGUUUUUAUUUUUCAGUAGAUUCCUUUUAUU